GAGAGAGAGAGAGAGAGAGAGAGAGAGAGAGAGAGAGAGAGAGAGUGAGUGUGCCGCCCCUCGCUCACUCUGCCCGCCGUUCGUCUGGAGAGAGUUCAACCCGACACAGGUUCGCUCGGUUCGGGGGGUCGGACACGAUGGAGCACUCGGCGACGGGGGAUCGCAUUUUCGCCGCGGAAGCGAUACUGAAGCGCCGCGUCCGCAAGGGAAGAAUGGAAUUCCUGGUCAAAUGGAAGGGAUGGGCGAUGAAACACAGCACUUGGGAGCCGGAGGAGAAUAUUCUGGACGACAGGCUGCUACUGGGCUUUGAGCAAAAGGAACGGGAAAGGGAGAUGAACGGGCCGAAGAAGCGGGGACCGAAACCCAAAAACUUUGUCGGGAAGGCACGCGCUCCUAAACGAGAGCCCAGCAGCAAAGCCUCAGGCGGCCGCCAGACUACGCCGCGUUCCUCUUCCGGCCGGGCAACUCCCUCCUCCGCUGCCUCAGCGCGGCUAUUACCCUCCGCGUCUUCCUCAACCAUCGCACCCACUCCAAAGCUCAACUCCCUCGCGGCCACCCACAAGCUAAAGAAGGACAUCCACCGUUGCCACCGGAUGUCCAGGCGUCCUCUGCCUCGCUCGGACCCCAUGGCGUCUACUUUCUCCAACCCCGGCGGUUUCCCGUCCCGCAUGCACGUCUCGCCCUUCUCCGAGACCGUCCGCAUCCUGAACCGCAGGGUCAAGCCCCGGGAGGUCAAGAGAGGUCGGAUCAUCCUCAACCUGAAGGUCAUUGACAAGCCAGGUAGGGGUGGCGCUAGGAAUAUUACAACAGGACGCCACAACAUCCCUUCCCGCAAUCGCAUCAUUGGGAAAAAGGGAGAGGCCCCCUAUAGACCUUUCCAACCUCCCCUGAAGAUGCUGGGCUUCCCGAUGUACGGGAAGCCGUUUGGGCUGCAGUGCGGAGGAGGCCCUUUGGCGUUCCACUCCCAAACGGGGUCAUGCUCCAGCACGGGAGCCCGGGACAGCCACACCACCUCCUCCCAGUACCAGUCACCUCCUUCUCCUUCCAGUUCCAGUUGCUCUGAAGCAAAAACGCCCACCACCUCGGCUGCACGGUCCCAGUCUGCCACUGAAGCGUCACCCUCCAGUGAGGAUCCUAAGCCCAGUAAACCUCACACAGAGACCCAGAAGGGGCAGAGCGCCAAACAUUCUGCUCCUGCCCCAUCCUCAGAUGCAAAGGCGGUGGGGUCAGCGUCACCCUUCCUCCCCGCCUCACCCUCUUCUUCCUUGGAGGAGGAGGAGGAGGAAGAGGGGGAGGAGGGUGCCCUGGGCCGUUUGGUGUCCUCAGAGGGAGGAAGGAAAAAUCCUCGCCAACGUCGGGCUAAACGCCCGCUGCCAGCAGCUCUCCUCUCCGUUUCCCCUGGGGACCAGAGCCCUACCCCCACCGAACCGCGGAGGGUGCCUGCCGAGGGAGACCCCGACUGGCACCCCGAAAUGGCGCCGAGCUGCAAGGAUGUUGUGGUCACCGAUGUCACCACCAACCUUGUCACCGUCACAAUAAAAGAGUUCCCCUCCCCUGCCUCCGGCCCUGCCUCCCCCUCUGCUAGCCCCGAAAAUGCCUCUUCCCCUCCCACUGCCACCACCACCUCCGACGACCCCUCCCCAUCCAAGCCAUAAGAGAUCGGAUGUUAUGAAGUUGAUUGCCAUCGAUGAUAGAAAAAUAUCAUACCAGUGUUGCCACUUUCAGCCCCUCCUACCUUUUUCCUCAAAGGGGCAGUAAGCGAUUUUAAACCGAUACACGUUUUGUAAAAAUCAGCGAAUAUUUCCUCACGGCCUGCUAGCUGGCGGUUCUCAAAAAAUCCGGGUUUUCGGUGAAGCCCUGGCUCUGUUAAUCGAAAAACCCAAAAAUGGUGCAGAACACACCACAGCAAUGCGAGUGCAGUUUGUAAACAUCACUCCGACACCUUAGGAGACGUGCUAGCGAACAACGCUACGACUCGGGGGUUUCGUGGCCCCACCAGAGCAGUAAAAUCCUCAACAACAACAAAGAGAGAAACGAGCUUUCUCCAAAAUCGCUAACUGCCCCUUUAAAGGCGAGUCCCCAUUUGUGUAACGAUUAAUGACAUGUAAUGUAACUUUAAACUACCCAGCCAUUGAAUAGUAAAAAAAAGAAAAGAAAUAGAGCAUAUUUUUUUUAAAGAGAAAGUAUAUGAAUUCGAAAAGAGGGCAGCUAAUAUGCCCUGGUUGUCACUUAAAUUGCCAUAUUUUGUGCACUUGCACAGCACUGACUCUUUGAAGCAGACUUGGGGAGAGAAAUGGUAUUUUUGUUUUCUCUCACACGCUCCAGACAUGCGGAGCUGAGCUUGUUUGGUGCAACACAAAUGGAAACCGUUGCCCAUCUGGCGUCUUGGUUGAGCUGUGAAAGAAACAAAUGCCAACUCCGAUCCAGGCUCUGCUUGCAAAGGCUGUUCCGGACGGCCUUCGGGUGUUCCUGCCCCGCCCCCUGCUCUCAUCUGAAGUCCAGCUUGUCAAUGACAAACGGGGUGGUGUGAUUUUUGCACUUCACACAGUUGGACUCUCAUAUAUUGCAUCAAUACAGCGAGGUAAAUGCAAUGCACUUGACUGCAUGAGAAGAAAAGUGACCUCAUGAGUGAGCUCAACGAUUUUUUUUCAAGGCCUUUUCCUCUCGCUCUCUUGAACGCACAUGCGUAUACGUACAGUAUGAGUAAGUAUUUAUAUGCACGCACAACCUUAUAAGCUGCAGAAGAAUAUACAAAAAAACAAUAAUUUUUUAAGUUAUUGCUGUCCUUACCGCCUCUCUCCCUGCUUGCCUUCUUUUCUCACAAACGCGCCACCUUCUUCUUCAACCCUCUCAACGUCCACCAAGACUCUAAACUGGCUUUCGGUUUGUCGCGAAAUUGCCUCCUUACGCCGGACUCGCGCCCGUGUAUCUUCUCAUCACGUCACGGUCUCGAAGGUCCAUGAGCUGAACACAGUUAAGGCUGAAGCUAUGAACUAAACGCCGCUAAAGUUAAUCGUUUGUUGAACCUGGGAGCUACUUGGUAGGCUCUUGGUAAGUCUGUGGAACUUGUAUCCAGUUAUUUUAUUCUUGUUUUGUAAAAGUCACUGGCGACUGGCCGUUGGCAGGUAGAGCAAAUACCUUUCCACCAUGUCUUGUUGGUCUUGGUCUGUCCUUUAGCUAACGGUGCUUUAUUUUCUCAAGUGCUGAAUUCAAGAGAAAUGGUCCACGUAGCAUGGUUCGCAGUGUCUUGCCACCUAUAAGGCCAAGAUUUUGCCUUUUGAUUUUAGGACAAAGGUUGUUUUUUCCGUUAUUCAACAGUCGUCUGGUAGGCUAGGUGUCGGAAAGGCCAUUUUCUUGAUGUAUCAUGAAACCAGAAAUGCGUAGUCAUCCGUGUGAAACUUUCAGUGAAUGGCGACAUUUAUCAAACAAGUAACUAAGGACCUAGCGAUAACACCCAAGUUCGUUCCACGUCGGAGGUAUCCAAGGUUCCAAAGUGUCUCUGGUGAUACUGGCGUUGACCAGUCGGUGGACGAUGGUAGCUAAGGUUCCACAUCUUACUUGCGCGAGUUUGGCCGCCAGCUCAUUUACAUUUAGUAAUGUGAGGAAACACAACCCAAGAAUAGUCACCCGUUGUCUGUCGGACGUGCACGUCAGCGACGUUGGGAGGAGCUCAACGCUAAUUGGCUUUCGUGACAUCGCGCCACGCGAACAUUUCAACUCGCGCGAAUUAAUGCAAAUUUUCGUAUCGCGCCAUUCGUGUAGCCCGGCGCGAGUGACACGAAAUUUGCGUCGACUUGCGUCUUUGCAUUGACUUUGUACGUAAUCCCAUCGUGGAACAGCUACCUGACAGCAGCCCGCUGGUUAGAAUAACAAAAAUAUUCAUCAUGGAAGUUUUGAUCCGUCGCCCAUGAGUUCUCCGCCACAAACCUCCGCGGGACUCAUUCACGGCAGAGCUAAAUGCCUGAUCUCUUGACCGUGAUCAAAGAUUUGGACCAUGCCUUUGACCUUCAAGAGAACAUGAACCUCUUUGCCCUUUUAUACGCGGACUCCAAACUCUUCUCUGGUGCUGCCUGCUCUCUCUUGACAUCCCAGACCUCGGCACUUACUCUGGGGAACCUUCGUGUAUCAGUAUUAAAUAAAAUCUUCCGCAUGUACUGCCUUACAGCUGCUCCAUUCAACCCCAGCUACACUCCGGGGCCGACGUUUACCUCGCCUCGCUCGGCUCCUCUCGCAGAGAGCACGGUUAAAUAAAACAAAAAACCACUUCCUCAUGCCAUAACUUCAGCACGGUAACUUCAUCAUCACACACUGUAAUAACUCUUGACUGUUUCUGUUGUCGUCCCCUGUAUCCACGUCUCAGUUGAACACUGUCGCCCUCCUUUCCUGUAAGGUGCUGGAUGGUUCUCGUCGUCGUCAAUACUGUUUCAAUACUGUUUCAAUACUGUUUCAAUACUCUCAUACGUUACAAAUGGAAGGAUUUAUUCCAAAAUGGCGCGUCCAUUAUGUGAAGAAAUAGUGACAGACACUGUUUUGAAAUGGUCUCUAGCUCAAACUUAAAUGAAGAUACUGUAAAAAAGGACAGUCCUUAACUGAAAUCCUGAUUUGACAAAGAAUGAACUUGACCGAGUCCUCUACAUUUUUCCAGAAACACGAUAAACUAAAGGAUUGAUUUUCUUCUCCGAAAAUCGUCGCGAUUUUGGAAUGGAUCUUUUUCCAUCUACUAUAUCUUUAAUAUCUCUAAGUGGUGGAUAGAAGUGACUCUUGCAGUUGGUAGAUGUGUACGGUAUUCGGCUGCUCAGCGACGUUUUUCCAAAUGUUUAUAGCAACGUUUCCUUUCUUUUUUUCGUACUCAUAUGGGGUAGCACAACUCAAAUUAGUGGCCUAUCUUUCAACCAAAUAGGGCUCUUGAUUUUUUGUUAUUUGAAUUUUUUAAAGCUUUCUUUUCCCCCAUUUUGAAUUUUGCAUUUAUACGUGAUGUAAUUUUAAGUGCUAUAGAUUUAUUUGGCACCUUUUGAAAAAAUAACAACAGGAAGGAUCCUUGUUUUAUUGUAUGGAUAAAGAUACUUAACGAAUUGAAAAUUGUGCUUUUUUUAGUCGUUUUUUUUUCCCUCUUUGUACUGUACUUUUAUAGUUUGUUUAAAAAAAAUAUGCAUAAUAAUGUUAACGUGAUGUUUAUUUCAAUGCCAUUUUUUUAAUAGUCCAAUAAUAUGGGUUUGAUCAGAAGGAAAACUGACGGAUUUUACUGUGUGAAGCGGUUUUGUCUGGUUUCAUGCCAAUAUGAAUUAUGUACAUUGUAUUCAUGGUAACGACGAGGAGGCGGAGGAUGACGAUGACAUUGAAAUGUAUCCGAACUUCUGACGCAUGUUUUGCCAACCUCUUAUUGUACAGAUUACGUAUUCAGUGUCAUGUUAACUGUUACGGUUGUUGCUUUCAAUGUGUUUCUUGUACAAGGCUUUUGAUUAAAAGCUCUUUAUAAAGCA